AGGCCUAUGAAGUACAAAAGCUUGCUUUUGCGCACUGAAACACGUCAGCGGAGCCACAAAUCUUUAGUUCAGACGGUUUCCCUGAAAUUCUGGGAGUAGCAGUUUUAUCUCUCGGUCAGGUGCAAGUGCAUUUCUCGACAGCAAAUUGUGAUUGGCCUGUUCGUGCCAUUUCUCCCAUAAAGAAUCUCAAGGAUGAACAGCAUGAGGAUGAAAGCGGGGAAAUGCCCUACUGAUGAACUUUCCCUCACCAAUUGCGCUGUGGUGAAUCCUCAAGACUUCAACGAUUCCGUCAAGCAUGUCGAAGUGUAUACGGCACCAAACCAGAGCUUCGUCUUCACCAUCAGAAGUCAUCGUGAUGUUCCACCGUCAUCCAUUGGUUUUGGCUUGCUUCAGCGCAAAUGGGCUACUCUUUCACUUGGACAGGACAUAGACGUUCGCCCUUUUCAGUUCGAUAUUAAUCAACACACCUUAGCAAACAUAGUCCUUGAAGUGGAUUUCCUCCAAAAGAAAAGCACAACGCUGGAGCCCUACGAUAGCGAUGCCAUGGCGCGGGAAUUUCUCGCACAAUUUCAUCAUCAAAGCUUCUCCAUUGGACAACAACUAGUUUUUCAGUUCCAAGAAAAGAAACUCCUUAUUUUGAUUGUGAAGGAACUCGAAGGAGCCGACAUUAACGCCAUGCGCUCCGGCACCAAAGAAGCUAAAUCCCGAAAAAUCCGGAUCGGUCAGUGCUUUCCCAAUACGAUGAUUGUCUUCGAUAAAUCUGAAGGAUCCUCAGUUAACCUAGUCGGAAAAUCUAAAGGAAAAACAGUUCAUCAUUCAAUCAUCAAUCCAGACUGGGAUUUCCAGAACAUGGGCGUUGGUGGAUUGGACACAGAAUUUAACGCCAUUUUCCGCCGAGCAUUUGCUUCGCGUGUUUUCCCUCCCGAAAUCGUGGAACAGCUAGGUUGCAAACAUGUCAAAGGUAUUCUUCUUUAUGGCCCGCCUGGAACGGGAAAAACUCUAAUGGCUCGUCAGAUUGGAAAAAUGUUAAAUGCCCGUGAACCCAAGAUCGUCAACGGUCCACAGAUCCUGGAUAAGUAUGUUGGUGAAUCGGAAGCUAACAUUCGACGACUUUUCGCCGAAGCUGAAGAGGAGGAAAAACGACUCGGUCCCAACAGUGGCUUGCAUAUCAUCAUUUUCGAUGAAAUCGAUGCCAUCUGCAAAUCUCGUGGUUCAGUGGCAGGAGCUUCUGGAGUUCACGACACCGUUGUCAACCAACUUCUGGCCAAGAUCGAUGGUGUAGAGCAAUUGAACAACAUUCUUGUCAUUGGUAUGACAAACAGAAGGGAUAUGAUCGAUGAAGCUCUUUUACGACCUGGCCGUAUGGAAGUCCAAAUGGAAAUUGGAUUGCCGAAUGAAACGGGCAGGGCCCAAAUUCUAAAAAUCCAUACCGCGCGCAUGCGAGAUAACAAAAAGAUAGCGCCUGAUGUUGACUUGCAGGAAUUAGCCGUGUUAACAAAGAACUUCAGUGGAGCUGAAAUCGAAGGCUUAGUCCGGGCGGCUCAGUCGACGGCAUUGAAUCGAUUGAUCAAAGCUUCCAAUAAAGUGGAGGUGGAUCCCGAAGCUGGCGAAAAGCUUAUGGUCGACCGCGGAGAUUUUCUUCAUGCUUUGGAAACUGACAUAAAACCGGCUUUUGGAACUAGCUCCGAAGCGUUGGAAUUGUACAUCACUCGUGGUAUAAUAAAUUGGGGAGAGCCAAUUAGGAGUCUGUUGGAGUAUGGUGUUAUCCUGACUCAACAGGCACGAACCGGCUUUGGAUUGGUUUCCGUACUGCUAGAGGGUCCACCAAAUGCAGGCAAAACAGCCCUCGCUGCCCAGUUAGCGAAAAACUCCGACUUCCCUUUUAUCAAAAUUUGCAGCCCGGACGAUAUGGUCGGCUUUUCAGAGUCGGCCAAGUGUCUACAAAUCAGAAAAUUUUUUGAUGACGCUUAUCGCUCAGAGUUAAGCUGCAUUUUAGUUGACAAUAUCGAGCGACUGCUUGACUACGGUGCUAUUGGUCCCCGUUACUCCAACAUUGUACUCCAGGCCCUGCUCGUCCUGCUUACCAAGCAGCCACCUAAAGGAAGGAAAUUGCUUGUGUUUUGCACAACAAGUCGCAGGCAAGUCUUGGAAGAAAUGGAAAUGCUCUCCACCUUCACCGCAGUCCUUCGUGUUCCUAAUAUAUCAACCUGUGAACAGCUAGUUGCAGUAUUGGAGGAGACGGAUGUGUUUCCCAAAAAUGAAAUUGCAGCUAUCGCGCGAAAAGUAGCGAACAGAAGACUUUUCAUCGGAAUCAAAAAGCUUCUCGGAAUGAUUGAGAUGGCUAAGCAUUUCGACGAACAACGACGCGUCUUCGAUUUCCUGACGCAGUUAGAGGUAGAAAACUUUUUGGAGUUGGGCGCUUAGGAUAAAUUUUCUCUUCUUUCCCUUUUCCGACUUAAUUUUUAAAUAUACUUCAGCAAAUUAAAUGUUCACUGUUAUGGUCGAGAUUUUCUGGUAGUGGAAGAAAAAUGGAAGCUCUUCUGUCCAGUGCUUACUGUUCAGUAGGAAUAUCUGUUUUUCAAUCUAUAUAUUCCUGUUUCGUUAGCAGCAAUAAAUUAUUUAUGUGUACAGCCAGUUCAGUGUGCAGUCGGUAAAUGGGCCAGCAACCAACUCAUUUCUUUCGUCCUCCGGUACUGACAUAUUGGACUGUGCGUCUUUAUAAUGAUGUAUGUGCUUUUCACGUUGCUGUCUGUGUGAUGGAAUCUCAUUACAGUUCAUCAUUCAUUCUUUCA